AUGGAUGCCGAAAACCUCGAAGGUGAUGAUCACGCCAUGAUCGAUGCACCCAAUGGCUCAAUCGAUCCGCAAGGGAACGGUUCGGAAGAAAAUGGGGAGGAGUACCCCGGUGAAGAAGGACUCAUCAUUGAUGAAUAUGACUCCUCGUACGAGAACGAUGAUUUCAUCAAGUCACUAGCUAACCUGAACAUGUUGCCAACUGGAUGCUGCUACGACGAUCGCAUGAAACUCCAUGCCAAUGCAGACUUUGGGCCUACACCUCAUCAUCCCGAGGACCCCCGCAGAAUCGAAGAAAUCAUGAAGAUCUUCAAGAAAGCAGGCCUUGUCUUCACCGGCAAAGACACCGAGCUUGCUGAAAUCCUCCAGGCAACUCCAACAAAGUACAUGUGGAGGGUACCCGCUCGACCGGCAACACAGGAGGAGAUAUGCUCUGUGCAUACAACAGCCCAUUAUGACUGGGCCGCAGGGCUACCGGACUACGACACCCAUACCUUACGCAACUUGAGUCACGCUAUGGACCAAGGCAGACAAUCGCUGUACAUAGGCGCUAUGUCGUUUGAGGCCGCCCUCCUCGCAGCCGGAGGAGCUAUUGAGACAUGCAAGAACAUUGUUGCCGGUAGAGUCAGGAACGGCUUUGCCGUCAUCAGACCCCCCGGGCAUCACGCAGAAUUUGAUCAGCCAAUGGGCUUCUGUUUCUUCAACAAUGUGCCCAUAGCCGCCAAGGUCUGCCAACUAGAGUACCCGGAGACUUGUCGCAAGGUACUUAUCUUGGACUGGGAUGUUCAUCAUGGCAAUGGUAUCCAGAACAUGUUCUACGAGGACCCUAAUAUCCUCUACAUCUCACUCCACGUGUAUGACAACGGAAAUUUCUACCCUGGAAGACCAGACAAUGAGUAUAUCGAUGACGGCGGUAUAGAUUCGGUGGGCAAUGGACUGGGCAAAGGGAGAAAUGUCAACAUUGGCUGGGAUAACCAGGGCAUGGGAGACGGAGAAUACAUGGCUGCGUUUCAGAAGAUCGUUAUGCCCAUUGCCCAUGAGUUCAACCCCGACCUGGUCAUCAUCUCGGCUGGCUUUGACGCCGCUAACGGCGACGAACUUGGCGGCUGCUUCGUGACGCCCGGUUGCUACGCCCACAUGACACAUAUGCUUAUGUCACUGGCAGGCGGUAAAGUUGCUGUCUGUCUCGAGGGUGGCUACAACCUCAGAGCGAUAUCGCAAUCGGCUUUGGCGGUCGCGAAGACUCUGAUGGGCGAACCGCCUCCACACAUGAAGAUUCCACGAAUCGACAAGGGAGCAGCCAAGGUGUUAGCCAAGGUCCAAGCCGCCCAAGCACCUUAUUGGGAGUGUAUGCGCCCUGGAGUGAUUAAUGUGCAAGACAUGGGCGAUGGCUCUUCGAGGCUCCACGACGUUAUUCGCAAUUACCAGCGCCAGAUCUUGUCUGAGAGAUUCGGACUAGUGCCAUUGUUCAUACAGCGCGAGGCUCUAUUCAAGUCUUUCGAGAACCAGGUCAUUGUCACACCAGGUAUCUCGGAGAAAAAGAAGGUCUUGAUCAUCAUACAUGACCCGCCUGAACUCGUCGCCAUGCCCGACCUGAUCGAUAACACUGUCGAUCCUCACAACGCAUUUGUUUCGGAUGGGGUGAUGAAGUACGUCGAAUGGGCCCACAAGAACGAUUUCGGCAUUAUCGAUGCGAACGUACCACACUAUAUCACACACCCCGAGGAUAUGGAUCCAUUCAUCCCAAGAGCGAGCGAGCAAACAUUGUCAAACCAGAUCAAGGAGCUGAUGAACUACAUUUGGGACAAUUACGUUCAGCUAUAUGACGCCGAUGAUCUAUUUGUCAUGGGCGUUGGUAAUGCUUACCUAGGAGUGAGGCAUCUCCUAACGGAACGACAAUGCAAGGACCGGAUCUCCGGGGUCGUGAACUUUGUUACUGGCAACUUACGACCCUUCAAGUCAGCGACGGACGAAGACCUGUCGCCGUGGUACAAACGCAACUCGCUGGUCUAUGUGGCCAAGGAUCACGCAUGCUGGAGUGACCCCGAGCUGGAGAAGAAGGUCUACAAACGACGUUUUGGCGGCGUCCGCAAGAGCGACCAAGUUGGCCUCAACCGCAUGAUGCAGAGACAUGCUGGUGAGGUAUACGAGUGGAUUGGGGAGCGGCUAUCGCAGAGUGGUAACACAACAGAGGAUGAGAAGAUGAUCUGA